AUGACAUAGCAUGCCAUUUGUUUUUCAGAUUUUUUUUAUAUGCCUGGAGUUGUACUUGGCAGUUAUGGCAUGUGGCGAUUUUAGGGUUCACCAGUACAGAGACUCUUCUAACUCUGAAAGGGCAAUUUUACUGUAGGGAAACCAAAGUUCACUGCAGCAGUCAAUAUUAAUGUGAGGAACAUGCUUUAAAAACAAUGUUAUUUUUCCCAUUUUACCACUAUGAAAACCUUUGAAUUACUACCAGGGCUCACACUGCAGUAAGGGCACACACUAUGUUCUAUAGGUUUAAUGGCAAAAGCCUCUCAGCUUAAGCAUCUUCCUUUAUGGUUUUGCUAGACUUGGGUACUAGUCUUGUACAUCCAGGUCUGUCCUGGGCCUGUGUAGAGGUGCAACUUCUCUAAAGAAAACCCUGUGUGCCUCUGCCUGCAGGACAGCACCAGUGCAGCUGCUGAGGGCAGGGGUGCAGGCCCUGCCAGCCACCCUGCUGCAGCCCUUCUCGGGCUCGGAUCCCCGCUUUGGUUUCAAGCGGCUUCGCUGCGCAAAGGCCCCCCCAGCACUGGGUGCUCUCUGCUGGCUCACCCUCACCCGCUUGCAUCCCUCCUGCAACACCCGGCGGAGCCGUGGCACUUCAGCCACCAGCGUCCCCUUUGCAAACCAACCCUCGGCCACCCCCGGCGGCAUCAGGCUUUGAAGCUCCGCGGCGCAGGAGCUGCCUUGGGGCCCCGCCUCAGGCCGCCAUUUCGUGCGGGCAGGCCCAGGCCGUCUGUCACUUGCUUUUAAAAGCGCCACCCGGGUCGGGCCGAGCAGCCCCAGUUAUGAACAAGCGCUUCGCUCUGGCACUGCAGCUUGGCCGGCGGCGCCGCGGGGAGGGCACCCCGCCGGGUCAAAGGCAGUGCGGGGAACGGGCGCGGACUCGCGCAACAACCAGCCGGACACAUUCACAGGGUGCACACAGCUUUAUUCACCGAGACCGCUCGCCGCCGCUCGCCGCGCGGGCCCUGCAAGACACGGAGGGAAAACGGGAGGUUACAGACGUAGUGUAUCGCGGCCGCCCCGCCGGGUGUCGGCAGCCUGGGCGCUCAGUAGUAGGUUUGCUUCAUGCAUGUCAGCAGUCUAACACGUGUCACGAGACAUCACCGCGGCCCGGCCUGCCUGCCCACCCGCCCGCCCGUCACGCCACCAACACUCACCUCCGCCCGCCGCGCCGUCGGAAAGGCCGAGCCCCCGCCCCGCUCUGCUUUAUAUCGCCGGUGGCGCCCCGCCCCUCGUUUCGCCCAAUAGGAUACAAGCCCCGGGGCACGUGCUGGUCCGGGUGCGCGCGCGCGCGGGGUGGUUGGUGCGCGCGCAGCGCGGCUGAGGCGGGAGCGCGGCUGAGGCGGGAGCGCCGCGCUGGCGCCGGGCCGAAGGAGAACACCAGCUCAGUAACUGUGCCAGAAACACUGUUGUUUGUUUCAACCCUUGAUGGAAGUUUGCAUGCCGUCAGCAAGAGGACAGGAGCAAUCAAGUGGACUUUAAAAGAAGAUCCUGUACUCCAGGUGCCAAUACAUGUGGAAGAGCCAGCAUUUCUUCCAGACCCAAAUGAUGGCAGUUUGUAUACACUUGGUGGCAAGAAUAGUGAAGGCUUGACUAAACUGCCAUUUACUAUCCCAGAGCUGGUGCAAGCAUCUCCCUGCCGCAGUUCAGAUGGGAUUCUGUACAUGGGUAAAAAGCAGGAUAUUUGGUACGUGAUUGACCUCAUGACUGGGGAGAAACAGCAGACCUUGACUUCCUCAUUUGCAGAAAGUCUUUGCCCGUCAGCAUCCCUCCUGUAUCUUGGGAGAACAGAGUACACUAUCACAAUGUAUGACACCAAGAAGAAGGAGCUGCGGUGGAAUGCCACCUAUUUUGAUUACGCAGCUACUCUGCCUGAUGAAGACAUAAAAUACAAGAUGUCCCACUUUGUGUCUAAUGGAGAUGGGCUGGUGGUGACGGUGGACAGUGAGUCUGGGGACGUACUGUGGAUUCAGAACUACGCUUCUCCUGUGGUAGCCUUUUACAUCUGGCAACGUGAAGGAUUACGGAAAGUUAUGCACACUAAUGUGGGGAUAGAAACUCUGCGGUACUUGACAUUCAUGUCUGGGGAGGUUGGACACAUUACCAAGUGGAAAUACCCUUUCCCGAAGGAAACAGAGACCAAGAGCAAACUGACACCAACUCUGUAUGUAGGGAAAUACUCCACAAGUUUGUACGCAUCGCCAUCAAUGGUGCAUGAAGGAGUAACUGUUGUGCCCCGCGGCAGUGCCAUACCCUUACUAGAGGGUCCGAAAACAGAAGGCGUCACAAUUGAAGACAAUGGCGAGUGUGUUAUCACCCCCAGUACGGAUGUGAAGUUUUCGAGUGGACUGAAGGAAAAGAACAAACUCAACUACUGGAACGACUGGCUUUUAAUAGGGCACCAUGAAACACCACUAUCUGCUCCUACAAAGAUCCUGGAGAAAUUCCCAAGCAACUUACCUAAGAGGCCUGAAAACGUGAUUCCAGCUGACUCUGACAAAGCCACUAUUGAAGAGGUUAUUGAAAUCGUUGAAGGUUCUUCAGCAGAAGUGCCACCUGCUGUUCCGAAGGAUAUUGAGGAGAAACCUGCUCAGCCCAUCACCCGGCCCGAGGCUCCGGUGGACUCCAUGUUGAAAGACAUGGCCACGAUCAUCCUCAGCACCUUCCUGCUUGUGGGCUGGGUGGCUUUUAUCAUCACUUACCCAAUGAGCGUACACCAGCAGCAACAGAGGCAGCAUCAGCUGGAAGAGAAGAUACAGCUCCUGCAGCAACAGAAGCUGCCCUUCCGUGCUCCCAGUGAUCUCCCUCCCGAAGCAGAUUUCUUGGAUGCCUCCUGUGGGCGGACAGAGAGCUCUGCUGCCAGCACCCCAAACAUGUCCCCCAGAGCAUCAAACCAUUCUGCGUAUUCCAGCAUCUCCACAUCUGACGCUGGGAGCUGCCUCUCCACUGAGCAAGAGGAGGGAGAUGAAGAUGUGAACAGGGUGAUGGUUGGCAAGAUUUCAUUUAACCCAAAAGAUGUAUUGGGACAUGGAGCUGAAGGGACAAUUGUUUACAGGGGCACAUUUGACAACCGUGAUGUCGCAGUGAAAAGAAUUCUUCCCGAGUGCUUCAGCUUUGCAGACCGUGAAGUACAGCUGCUGCGAGAGUCAGAUGAACAUCCUAAUGUGAUCCGCUACUUCUGCACAGAGAAGGACCGGCAGUUUCAGUACAUAGCCAUCGAGCUGUGUGCUGCCACUUUACAGGAGUACGUUGAGCAGAAGCCCUUCAGUCACCAUGGCUUACAACCCAUCACUCUCCUGCAACAGACGACAUCUGGUCUUGCUUACCUGCACUCCCUCAGUAUUGUCCACAGGGACCUGAAGCCCCAUAACAUCCUCAUCUCGAUGCCUAAUGCCCAUGGGAAGGUCAAAGCUAUGAUUUCAGACUUUGGACUGUGCAAGAAGCUGGCAGUGGGCAGGCACAGCUUUAGCCGCCGGUCGGGCGUGCCAGGCACCGAAGGGUGGAUCGCCCCGGAGAUGCUGAGUGAAGACUGCAAAGAGAACCCCACAUAUACCGUGGACAUCUUUUCAGCUGGCUGUGUCUUUUAUUAUGUGGUAUCUGAAGGCAGCCAUCCCUUUGGCAAAUCUCUGCAGCGGCAAGCCAACAUUCUGCUGGGUGCAUACAGCCUGGAGUCUUUAAAUGCAGGGAGGCAUGAAGACAUAGUUGCUCGUGAUUUAAUAGAGCAGAUGAUAAACAUGGACCCUCAGAAACGUCCGUCUGCCAGCUGUGUGCUAAAACACCCAUUCUUUUGGAGUUUAGAAAAGCAGCUCCAGUUUUUUCAGGAUGUUAGCGACCGGAUAGAGAAGGAAUCCUUAGAUGGUCCAAUAGUCAAGCAAUUAGAAAGAGGCGGAAGAGAGGUGGUGAAGAUGGACUGGAGGGAGCACAUCACUGUUCCUCUUCAGACAGACCUCCGAAAAUUCAGGUCCUAUAAAGGAGGCUCAGUACGGGAUCUUCUGAGGGCAAUGAGAAAUAAGAAGCACCACUACAGAGAACUGCCUCCCGAGGUGCAGGAGACGCUGGGCUCCAUCCCGGAUGAUUUUGUACGUUACUUCACAGCUCGUUUCCCUCGCCUGCUCCUGCACACCUACAGCGCUAUGCGCAUCUGCUGCCGAGAAAGGCUGUUCCAGCAUUACUAUCAUCAGGACGCUGCAGAGCGGAGCCUGGCAGGAGACGCUGUUUGAGGAGAGGGAUGGAACUUUCUUCUCUGGGACAAACAUUCCACGCACAGGGCUGUGAAACAGGCCUACCUUUAGCAGGGAAAAGUGGGAUCAAAGAGCUGAAUUUUCUCUCUUUGAAGAAGCCAAGCUUCCAAAAAGUGCCUUGUACCUCUGCCUGCACCGGAUCGGGAGAUUGUAGGAGCCGACGGAGCGAGCGGUAACUUCAGCAAAGCAACGAACCCUGAUGAUGGAGUUACUCCAAGACGGUGAAAAUGGAGAGUAGAAGCUGGAUAUAACUGUCACCCAAUAUCCCUGUACUGUAUGUGAUUUUAUAACUGAUGUGUUUUAUUUACUACAGAGAAUCAAAAUACAGUGAUUGAAAUCAUAUAAUUACUAGGGACUGGGAACUGCAAAUGGAGCCUUGUAGUUGUAGCAAAAUCAUGAGAACCUGCCAUUGCACUACUGCCACAUUAUGCAUUAGGCACACCACAGUGAUUGUAAAGGAAAUCACUUCACGGUUAUCAAAAAACCCGCAGAGUCAAUUUGUUGCAUCAGUACUACCCUGGAAAAUUAGUGUCUCAGACUUCAGCAGAUACAGUGAGGUUCUAAUGAAUAUGGACUUGAAAAAUCAGGUAAAGGUUUACAUACUUUGAAAAUAAACCUCAUUUUUUAACUAUCAACCAGUAUUCACGGAAGAGCGUGACAGUCCUUGACUGAAAUCAGUGUCAAGACUAGAUCUACACCAGGAACUGCAGAGAAAGGCACCGGUGUCAGUUGCUGUGAGUGUCCCGCGUCCCUCGCUUCCUUAUGGGGGGGCAGCAGCUGCAGAGCCAGAGGUGAGGCGAGUCCUGGGGGAAAAGGAGCUGCCCAGGAAACAGAGGAGCUGCCCAGAGCAGUGCAGUCGGGGGCAGCGGUUUUAAUGGGUGCGAUAAAGCAGUAAAAGAACCGCCCCCUUUCUGGGGGUAGGGGUUGCUACCUGGGUCCAGGCUCGCCUGCGGUUUCGAAGAUGCAGUAUUGCUUAUCAUUGGCCCUAAAGCUGUGACAAAGCAUUAAGUGUGUGCAGGAUGAAGAAAUGCUGAAUUCUAAUAUUUAAAGUGAGGGGUUCUUAUACAAUAUAUUUAUUUAACGUAUUUAUAUUUAUUUAAUUUUUAAUACAAAGUGGUAUUAAAUCCAAGUGGUACAAGUAUAAAGCAUGCCAAAUCAUUCUUAAUCAGUUUUGUCUUUAUAGUUAAUGAUAUUAUAACAACUAGAAGAGGAAAGUGAUACUGCACCUUUCAAUGGCACUCAUUAAAGGAGAAAUUACAGCGUGGGAAUCUGUCUGUGCCAUUGUGUCUUAAAACUAAUUAAUAAAUUAUUGAUGGUGAUUGUAUGAUCGGGUACAUACAGCUACUUUUCUGGAGCUACUUUACAGAACCUUUUUUUUUUUUCCUAGUCUUAAAAUGUCUGAGAGCAAUUUACCUGUGCAAGUUGUUUCUAAAGCUUGAAAAAAAAAAAAAAAGUAGUAACAGUAGUUUUAGCUAAGAAGAUUCAAAGCCUAUUUCAUAUUUUUGUACUUCUCAUGUAAAGUUGUUUUAUAAAUCUACUAAAUAAAGACUUGUACUCAGAUUUAAAAAAAA